AUGACCGUCCCCGUCGCCAAGUCCUUCUACGACCUGAGCGCCACCACCUUGCACGGGGAGAAGGUGGAUUUCAACGUGUUCCGGGGCCGGGUGGUCCUCAUCGAGAACGUGGCAUCCCUCUGAGGCACCACGGUCAGGGAUUACACCCAGCUCAACCAGCUCCAGGCGCGUUACCCGAGGAGGCUGGUGGUGCUGGGCUUCCCCUGCAACCAGUUCGGCUACCAGGAAAACGGCACCAACGAGGAGAUCCUCAACAGCCUGAAGCACGUGAGGCCAGGGAACGGCUUCGAGCCCAACUUCACCCUCUUCCAGAAGUGCCAGGUGAACGGGCAGGACACCCACCCAGUCUUUGCCUACCUGAAAGCACACCUGCCCACCCCAGCCGACGAGGUGGGGCACCUGAUGACCGAGCCCCGUUUCUUCACCUGGAGCCCCGUGCGACGCUCCGACAUCUCAUGGAACUUCGAGAAGUUCCUGGUGGGCCCCGAGGGGGAACCUUUCCGGCGCUACAGCCCCCGCACGGCCACGGCCCAGCUGGAGCCCGACAUCCAGAGGCUCCUCAAGUUGGCCAAGUAG